UUCCCCACCAUUUCUGGGACGUGUGCUGACAAAAGAAAGUUUUGUUCAGUCCCAUCUUUCCAACAGCAUGGGAAAGUAUGGAGGCCGAACGCUUUAGGAAUGUUAAAUAAUAAUUCAGCACUAAUUGUCGUGCUUUUCUUUCCAUCAGCUGAGAGAAUCCUGGUUUCCCCUCCAUCUGAAGCACCGUUUCUGUUCGUUUGCCUUCACCGGUUUCCCGUGCAAAAGCCCCAAGGGACCCUGGAAGGGCUCACAGGAGACCUGGAAACCAUUCCCCUCAACGCUGUUCCCCUAGUACUUCAGAAAAGGAUGGAAAAAGGGGAAAGAGGAGCAAGACGCGAGAAACCCGUGCCACUGACACUGGAAUGACCCAAGCAGGGCUGCUGGACUCAGUUGCUCGUGUCUCGUGUCGGCAGUGAGAAGUUUCCUGCGGGCAGGCUGAGGCAGAACGUUCGCUGUUGGAAAAAGAUAGUGUCACUAAGACUCCAUUACGGUACGUGAUUUGCAACUAGCGUCCCUGCUCCCCUGGAUAACGCUGGAAUUCGAGGCACAACCAAUGCGUGGUGCCCUCUUUCGCGUGGGAUCCCGCGUCCGAGGGGAGCUCAGAGAUGCUCUAGCCAGGCGUGAAGGCGUCAGCUGGCCACCUCCGUACAGGACACGGCUCCGGGGAGCCCUCGGGAAAAGGUUAUGAUGCCCUGAGCUAUUCUGUGGAAAGUAAUGACAAAUGGAGUGGGAGACAGCUACUGCAAGCAAAUGAGAACACGACCGACGUCCCAGAGGACGGGGGGCAGCCGUACGUCAGGAAUUGCACUGAACCAGGCCGUGUAUAUGUUUUAUGCUUUGGCAAUUGUCUGCGAUGAUUUCUUUGUCCCUUCGUUGGAAAAGAUUUGCGAACGCUUGCAUCUUAGCGAAGAUGUGGCCGGGGCAACUUUCAUGGCGGCGGGAAGCUCUGCUCCUGAGUUGUUUACAUCUGUCAUAGGUGUUUUUAUCACAAAAGGAGACGUAGGCGUUGGAACCAUCGUAGGCUCGGCUGUAUUUAACAUUCUCUGUAUUAUUGGCGUGUGUGGGCUUUUUGCAGGACAGGUCGUUGCACUGUCGUCGUGGAGUCUCUUGAGAGAUUCAAUCUACUAUACACUGUCUGUUGUUGCACUCAUUGUGUUUAUUUAUGACGAAAAAGUUUCUUGGUGGGAGUCCCUAGUCUUAGUGCUGAUGUAUGUCAUCUACAUCGUUAUCAUGAAGUACAACUCAACCAUACAUCACUGCUUCGAAAGGAAGACAAAAAACUCUGCAAAUAUGGUGAACGGUUUAGCAAAUAACACGGAAAUGGACGAUAGCAGCAACUGCGAUGCCACAGUGGUAUUACUAAAGAAAGGUAACUGUUCCAGAAAUUUCCACCGUAAAGCCUCGGUGAUCAUGGUGGAUGAGCUACUGUCUGCCUACCCACACCAGCUUUCGUUUUCCGAGGCCGGGCUCCGGAUCAUGAUAACCAGCCACUUCCCUCCCAAAACACGUCUCUCCAUGGCCAGCCGUAUGUUAAUCAACGAGAGACAAAGGCUGAUCAACAGCAGGACUUACACCAAUGGUGAGUCAGAAGUAGCAAUCAAAAUACCUAUCAAGCACGUGGUUGAGAAUGGAACAGGCCCCAGCAACUCCGCCGAGCGGGGCGUGAAUGGCACGCGGCGGGACGAAGACAUGGCUGAGGCUGGGAACGAGACAGAGAACGAGAAUGAGGAUAAUGAGAACAAUGAAAACGAUGAGGAAGAGGAAGAAGAUGAUGACGAUGAUGACCACGAAGGGCCAUACACACCUUUUGACCUACCCACUGGCAAGAUAGAAAUUUUGAAGUGGCUCUUCACAUGGCCAUUGAGUUUUGUCUUGUACUUCACAGUGCCCAACUGUAACAAACCCCACUUGGAAAAAUGGUUCAUGGUUACCUUUGCUUCUUCUACCCUCUGGAUUGCAGCUUUCUCCUACAUGAUGGUGUGGAUGGUGACAAUCAUUGGCUACACACUGGGAAUUCCAGAUGUGAUCAUGGGCAUCACUUUCUUGGCAGCUGGAACCAGUGUGCCGGACUGCAUGGCAAGCCUUAUCGUAGCAAGGCAAGGUAUGGGGGAUAUGGCUGUGUCCAACUCCAUUGGAAGCAAUGUUUUUGAUAUUUUAAUUGGCCUAGGCCUCCCAUGGGCUUUGCAGACCCUAGCAGUGAAUUAUGGAUCAUACAUUCGGUUAAACAGCAGAGGACUUAUCUAUUCUGUUGGUCUCCUGCUGGCAUCUGUUUUUGUCACAGUUUUUGGCGUCCACAUGAACAAAUGGAAACUGGAUAAGAAGCUAGGGUGUGUGUGCCUUUCCCUUUACGGCAUCUUCCUGUGUUUCUCCAUCAUGACAGAAUUCAAUGUUUUCACAUUUGUGAACUUGCCAAUGUGCAGAGAUCACUAAUGCAGGUGGCAGACUGUCGGGAGGAGCUUCCUUCUUACCUGUGCAAUACAAACCACGGCUGGCAUCUCCUGAACGCGGUGCACCUCCGAGUCGUGAUGUAUAUCCUGUUCACUGUUCAUAGGACCCGUGGCCCCAUCUAGGUCUGCCCUCUCCCUGAACCCCCACAACCUGGAAAAAUCCUGCAUCGAUGUGAAGAUCAUUUUUUUCAACGUUCAUGUGAUUUCCUAGCUCAGUUUUUGAACAGUGUGACUGGGACUUUAGAUGAACUGGCUGCUAACUGGCAUCAAGCCAGGCAAAACUGGUCUGCUACAAUUCCUUCUUUUUUUAAGUUAUUUGAUGGAAGACUAAUCUAAUUUAUGACUUAAGACUAUUGCUACAAUGCAGAAGAGGGUACAUCGUACAGGGGCUGAUUUUCAAGGAGAAUCAUGGGAAUUUUUUUGGUUGGUUUUUUUGUUUGUGGGGUUUGGGUUUUUUUUGUUUGUUUGUUUUUUGGGUUUUUUAGUUUUGGUUUUUGGGGGGGGUGUUGUUGGGGGUUUUUUUGGUUUUUUUUUUUUUAAUUGCCAGAGAUCGACGUCCUCUCUUGCAGCGUCUCCUUCUGAGUGCUGGGUCUCCUGUAACGAUCCAAAGUCACAGGGCAGUGUAAUAUGGGAAUACAAUUCAAGGUACUUGGCAUAUGAAUGGAUUUACUGUGUAUUAAAAGAAGACUGUCAAGGCAACAGACGAUGACUUUUUACCGUAAAUAAUGAAUCUUGUACAGGUCUGAGGAGGAACGCAAGGUAAACGUGGAUUCAGAGGGUAAACACUGCUACUGUUUUACUACUAAUGUUGGAGUUUUAUUACGAGGGUGUUGAUGGUAUUUCCAAGCAAUAGUUUGAUCUCCAGCCCAGGAGGGCUAUCAAGGAGGUGUCCUGGUUUUUAAUGAUCUGCACGUGGAAGUGGAAGGUCAGAACUUUCUCUGCUUCAUCAGAUUUCUUGUUUUGGGGGGAUUCAAUAGUUCAUGUUUUAUUCGUUCUGAGAAGGACAUAAGUAUGUGUCGGAACUUUUCUAAAUGAGUUACAGACACUGGUUUCUUUGAAAGGAAAGAGGCAUAUUUUGCACAGACAUAGUUACUGAAGUCAUAAUUUGCCACUCUUUAAAGAAUACACUGGACCUGGCCAGAUAUUUGUCGUCUUAAGCAGUUGAACUUACCUGAUAACAGAUCAUGUGGAUUCGUCACCCCUCCUUUGGGAGGGAGGAAGACACACAGAGAGAGAUGGCACUUUUUAAAAUGUGGAAUAUCUUCAAUGCAGACUCACUCACAGAUCUUAAGUUAUUGUGAAAGUUUAGCUAUUCGUUGUUCCAAUAUCCCUGCUAGAUUUUGUAUAAUUCUGUAUUAAUAUGCAGGCAGAUUCCACCCCAUGAGAAACACCUUCACAGCUUCGUUUGUAUGUAUUGAUACUGUGGAUUCUUGCCAGUGCUGGCUCUUGUAUUUACUUUAAGCACUGAUCACUUCUGAUCCAUUUGGUAUGUUUUUUCCUCUUUCUUGUAUAUGUUCUACUAUGAAAUGUAUUAAGAUACUACCAGCUAGGCGAAUGUUUUUGUCUAUGGUACAAACAGUGGCAAAUAUUGGUAGUAAAGGCACAGCAAACCCUACGUAAAAGAAAGGAAGGAAAAAAAACCCCAAACAACCAAACCCUACGUAAAAGAAA